GCCUACAAGAUCCCAUUUUCCAAUAGAUAUUGCAAUAUCCCUGGAAUAUUCCUUGAAUAUGCUGUGUUAUCUUAUACCCAUGAAGAAUAUUCAUCGAAUAUGUUUUCACGAAUAUUCGUCAGAUAUUCUCCUUGAAUAAUACUGGAAUAUUCAAACGGCAUAUCAAGCUGAAAUGUAAGAAUUUGAAUAUUCCGAGAAUAUUCGAAGAGAAUAUCUGACGAAUAUUCAUGAAAAUAUAUUCCAUGAAUAUUUUUCAUGGCAUAUUUAUAGCAUAUCAGUUUUUUAAAGGAUCAACUUGGAAAGUUCCUCGUUCAUAUUUUAUGAAAACGGAUAGGAAUCAUUUAUUUAUUCUAUUCAGAUAAAAAAAGAGUUUUAAAGCUUUGGCAACCAAAAUAUUGAUAAUUUAAUUUGCAAUAUUAUUUUAUCAACUUCCGGACGUAUAGCAGCAUACCUCACUAUGGCCAUGAGCGGGAAUCGAACCCGCAACCAUCUGUGUUGCGAACCUACCUCUCAAUCGACAAGCUAUUGCAGAUUGUCUAGGAUAUUGUAGUCAUACGGGAAUAUAUGUAUCAUUUAGUGUAAAGUGAAAAGAAAACCCCUCUAAGUGUUAAGCCUCGUAUUCAAAGUUCGCCCUUGAGGGUGAAUGAGAGUUUGUAUCGCCCUUAUGAAUACUGGCCGUAAAGGUGACCUCAACUCUCACUCACCCUCAAGGGCGAACUAUGAAUACGGGCCUGAGUCUAUUAACUAUUGUUAAUAAUAAUGAAAUAAGAAGUAAAAUUUUCUAAUUAAAUUGGUAUAACUAUAUAUAUAUACAUAAAUUUUUAUAAUAUACCACAAUAAUUAUGAAAAAAAAGAAAAGGUAUGCAUCACUUUAUGAUUCAUAAUUUUCUAUGAUAAUCUAACCUAACCUGUUAAACUUUAAAACUUUCUCUUUUAGUUCGAUUUGCUCUGCGUCUGCGUAACUUGAGUAAGUUGUGAACGUUAGAGCACGUUUUCGUUUCUUAGUUUUUGCAAUCUUAAGCUGCCAACGAUUUUAAUCAAGAGCAAACAUUUCUGGUGAGUAAGAUUCGUCUUAUUUAAAAAGAUGUGAAUUCGUCUGAGUUAAAUAGAAGUGAAUUCGUCUGAUUUCUAUAGAAGUGAAUUCACCUAGGUCUUUACAGGAGUAUACCUGUUCAUCUGAAGUUCGUAUUUUGCUUUGCAACAAUGAAAAAAAGUUUUAUUAGAAAAGUGAAAAGGUUGACCCACCAAACAUUGUUGAUUUCCCGAAACAAUGUUACUGAAGAGCACAAUAUAACUGAUUUGUCAGUGUAUGACCAGAACGCUGAAAAAACAUUAGAUAGUUAUUCUAAUGAAACAAUUGAGGCUUUGCCUACAUCAGAACGUAGUAGCAUUGCUUCUGAAUGGAUAUCAAUACCAAGUAACGUAUUGGAAAAUGCUUCUCUCCCAGGACCAAGUCAAAGUGAUAGCCUGAGUUUUCAAGAAGAAAUUAAGCUGUGGGCAGUGAAAAAUCAAAUAACUCAUAAAGCGGUUGAGGAGCUACUGACUAUUCUCAGGAAACAACCAGGCUUAGAUGGUAUUCCAAAAAGUGCUCGAUCUUUCUUAUCAACAGUUCGUGAAGUAAAAACUAGAGUUGUGAGCCCUGGUACAUACUGUCAUCUGGGCAUUGAAAAGGUACUGAGUGAUUUUUUCAGGAUGCAUAAACUGAUACCUCCUGAAAAUCUUGAAAUUGCUGUAAAUAUUGAUGGACUCCCAUUGAGUAAGAGUUCUGGUAGUCAAGUGUAUCCUAUUUUAGGGGUGAUCUUGAAUUUGAACAUAACAGUUCAAAAUGUUGUUUUGAUUGGUUUAUACCAUGGGUUUCAGAAACCCCAUGAUGCAAAUGAAUUUUUGCUAGAUUUUGUAAAUGAUGUAAUUAAUGUAUCAAAGAAUUCUUUGAAAAUAGGAGACAGGUUGGUUACAUUUAAGUUGAAGUUUUUUCUCUUUGAUGCCCCAGCCAAAUCAUACUUAUUGAAGGUGAAGAGUCACAGUGGCUAUUCAUCAUGCACUAAGUGCUGUCAAGAAGGAAUAUACCUUGAAGACCGUGUUUGUUUUCCAGAUAUUGAUUCAAUGAAAAGAACAAAUGAAACUUUUAGAAAUCAAAGCGAUGAAAACUAUCAUCUAGGUUUCACAAUACUUCAAAAUAUCGAUUAUAUUGAUUUGGUUGAAGAUGUGCCACUAGAUUAUAUGCACUUAGUUUUGCUGGGUGUGACUAAAAAACUCCUUGUUGGAACUUGGAUAUUUGGGAAACCACCACAUAAUUUACCAGCUAGUUUAAUUAAGAAUAUGAAUUUAUUAAUAAAACAGAUAGCUGUGUAUGUACCAUCUGAAUUCCCAAGAAAGUCACGAAGCCUAUUAGAAAGUAAAAGGUGGAAAGCAACUGAAUUUAGAUUAUUCCUUUUAUACACGGGUGUUGUAAUUUUAAAACCUUUUCUCACAAGAGAAAAAUAUGAUCAUUUCAAAUGUCUUUUUGUUAGUAUAACAAUAUUGGUAUCAUUUUCUCUGACAAAUCUGUAUGAUUAUGCAGAAAAAUUACUUAUAUAUUUUGUUCAACAAACUCAAAAUAUUUAUGGCCGUCACUACAUGUCACACAAUUUUCACAAUUUAAUUCACCUCACAGAUUGUGCUCGUCGUUUUGGAGCAUUAGACAAAUUCAGUAACUUUUCCAGUGAAAAUUUUCUACAGAUUUUAAAACGGUUAGUCAGAAAAGGUGAUAAACCGUUGGAACAAAUAAUGAAAAGAUUGUCAGAAGGUUUUCUUGUCUCAAAAUCAAGUAAGUCAGAAAAUUGGUAUCUCCAACAUGAAAAAAACAUAUCACCCUUAUUACCAUAUCCUCAGUUUUUAAAAUUAGUGCUUCCAACUUUUACUUUGAAUGCAGGGUACAAGCGGGAUAACUGUUGUGGAUUGAAAGAUGGCACUGUAUCACUAGUUUUUGGUUUUUCUAAUAAAAAAAAUUUAACUGUAGCUCUUGUGAAAAAAUUUCAGUCAAAAUGUAACUUCUUUGAAACACCAUGCAAUUCUUCCAUUCUCGAUGUGCAUUUUGUGAAAAAUUUAUGUAAAAAAUUUGUAAUAGUUAAUAUUGAAGAAAUUUCCCAGAAAUAUGUUCGCCUUCCUCAUGAAGAUGGCUUUGUUGUAUUUCCAAUGUUGCAUACAGUCGGAUAUUUGUCUAAAUAAAUUUAUUGCUGCUCCCUAAUUUGCAUUAUUUUUUGUUAUUCAUUAUGAAAUGAACGAGAAUGCUAUUCUUUUGUCAGGAUAUCAUAUUUGCCAUAUAAUUAAAAUGGAAGGCGGGUGGCAAAUUGUGAAAUUUACUGAGGAGAAUGAUAUGGUGGAAGCAGUGCCCGCUUCCUGGUUAAUUGAUGGCUGCAAAUGUCUGUGGCCAGAUACUAUCUCUGGGGCCAAGGUGAGAGCUGCUAUUCGGGCAAAAGAAAAGCCUUCAAAGAGCUGGAAAUGCUUGCCAGUGGAAGUAUUGAGCAGUUCAGUAUAUGAAAAUUUUUGUGUGGCAUCUAAAAAAGCUGGGAAGGCAAAGUAUACAAGCGAGUUGGAUACAGAGAGCGAAUUUUCAGAAGAUGUUUUAAAUAAAAGACGAAGAAAAAAAAAUUCCCGUUAUGUUUCUUCGGAAGAUGAAAUAUCCCCUCCUCUGGAAAAAACUCCAAGAAGAUCACCAAGAUUUAAAUUGCCAACACCUCCUGGUCAUUCACUACAAGCCAGCCCAUCAAGUUCUGAAGCACUGGUGAAAAGAAAUAUAAUUAUGGAAAAGGAAUUCACCGACUCAAAUCUGAUGUCGACUUCAAGAACUGCCUCUACAGCAAUACAGAAAUGUUCGUCCUGUAAAGAUUCUACUGAAAUUAUAAAACUGUUGCAUAUAAUUAAUGGCAGGGUUAUGCAAAAUUCAGAACUAAUUACAUCCUUGCUAAAUUCUAGAACAGAGAAUAUAAAAGAUAAUAACCCAGCAGAGGCGUUAUUAGAUGUCCAAAUUCCAGCAAAGUCCUACAUUGAGCUGAUGGAAUUGGACAAAAAGCUGGGUGACAAAACUACAAGAGAUUUUAUGAUUUCUAAGCUCAUCCAUGUUGGAGGUACAGACAUCAAAGAUAUCAUCAGAAGAUGCAUGCCUCAGUUAGUGGAGGAUGAGGUUUUAAGGCAGUUCAGCUGGGUUGGAGGCAAAGGAAAAAAGAAAUUUUCGCUUUUAGACAUAGCUUCUUUAAUCAAAGAAGUAUGUAAGAAAAACCCGCUUACAAAAAACGUUACAGAAAAACAAGUGGAAGAAAGACUUGCCAUUUUUUUGACAAAAGCAACUGAGAGGUGCAAUAGAAGACGGUUAGUAAAUGGUUUUAAUAUUAAUGAGGUUUGUUUUUUAAAUUGGCUCUUUUUAGGGACAAGGAGAACCAACAGAAUAAUGACCUGCCUGAAGAAUUGUUAAUAUAGUACCGCUAUGCCUAAUUAAUAUUUUUUCAAUGUGAAAUUAAAUAUUGUUCAGUUGAGUUCACAACUAUUACAUAAUAUUAUUUUUUUGCAUUUUAUUAUUUUUAUUUUCUGUUAUUAAUAUUGUUCUGUUAACAAUAUGUUUCUGAUUUUUGUAAUAAAUAUUUUUCUCA